GGGAAAGAUUACAGGCUCUGGAGACUGCCGCGAUUUCGGUUCCAGGGCACGGGCUGAGCCACAGUAGAUCAUGGCUCAGGCCUCGUUUGGUGGUAGUUCCCUGGGCAGCCCCGAGGAGCAGGCGAGCUUCCGUAAAGAUUCGAACAAGAGUGUGCAGAGUGGCCGACACGCUUAGCACCCCCGUAAAAUGCAACAAUCUUUACGGAGGGGCCGGGGCGUUAGAGCGGCAGGCGACUGCAGCUCGCGAGAAGCUUUAAGGGCUGUCCGCUGCGGCGCUGAACCCCGGCGCGGCGGAGGCAGCGGCUCAGCGCUCUAGGAAAGUUCGAUCGGCUCCUGGGAGGCUUCCGGCGGCCUCAGACUGUUCCGACGAGAUGUUGUCGCGAAAGAAAACUAAGAGCGAAGUGUCCAAAGCGGCCGAAGUGCAGGGGAAAUACGUAAAGAAGGAGACAUCGCCGCUGCUGCGGAAUCUUAUGCCUUCAUUCAUCCGUCAUGGUCCAACGAUUCCAAGACGAACUGAUAUCUGUCUUCCAGAUUCAAGCACUCAUGCCUUUUCAGCUACUGGGGAUGGAGUAGCUUCCAGAAAUCAGAGUUUUCUUAGAACUCCAAUUCAGAGGCCACCUCAUGAAAUCAUGAGGAGAGAAAGCAACAGACUAUCUGCACCUUCCUACCUUGCAAGGAGUUUAGCGGAUGUCCCUCGGGAAUAUGGUUUUUCUUCUCAGGGUUUUUUAAUGGAAGCCAAUGCUACUGUUGAAAAUGGUGACACUAGUUCCUCUUAUUAUUAUUUGGAUAAUUUUUUCAAUGGUCAGAGGAGGCAGUUGCCUGGAGAUCGUGUACAUGAAGACUACAGAUAUGAAUACAACAAUGAUCUCUUCCAAAGAAUUCCACACAGUCAGGGGAAGCAUGUGUCAGCCAUUGGGAAGGUUGUUGCUACAUCUUUAGGGAAUUUAAACCACAGUUCUGAAGGUGUACCCCUUCCUCCUGGCUGGUCUGUCGACUGGACAAUCAGAGGAAGAAAAUACUACAUAGAUCAUAACACAAACACAACUCAUUGGAGCCAUCCUCUUGAGCGAGAGGGACUUCCUCCAGGAUGGGAGCGAGUUGAGUCAUCAGAAUUUGGAUAUUAUGUAGACCAUAUAAAUAAGAGAGCACAGUAUAGACAUCCAUGUGCUCCCAGUGUACCCCGGUAUGAUCAGCCUCCUCCUGUAACAUAUCAACCUCAACAAGCUGAAAGAAGCCAGUCCCUUCUGGUACCUGCAAAUCCAUAUCAUUCGGCAGAAAUCCCUGACUGGCUUCAGGUUUAUGCCCGGGCUCCUAUGAAAUAUGACCAUAUUCUGAAAUGGGAACUCUUCCAGCUUGCUGACCUCGAUACAUACCAGGGAAUGCUAAAGCUGCUCUUCAUGAAAGAACUGGAACGUAUUGUUAAAUUGUAUGAAGCAUAUAGAGAAGCUCUUCUCACAGAGUUAGAAAACCGCAAACAGAGACAGCAAUGGUAUGCCCAACAACAUGGCAAAAAUUUUUAAGCUAAUUUUUAAUGAACAUUUGUGAAGUUUUAUAAUGACUUGAAAAUAUUUUUACUUUUUUAAAAACUGUUUUGGCUAAGAAAAGCAGCUUUCAUUUUGUUGAUAUUGCACUAUUGAAUGUAAUUCUACAUGUAUUUGGUUUAUAGAAUAAAAAACUCCUUUUAUUGAUUAAAAAUAAA